GCAGAUCUUAAGCCAGUGCCAAAGCACAUACAUACAUCCUCAUGCUUUGUCAAUUGUUGGGGCACCACGGCUACCACACAACUCCUACCAAUAUCCUCGGCUUGGUUCUCUCAGCUUUAUAUCCUUGCAAACAUCACCACCAUCACGUGCACUACAGGUAAAGAGAGAUCUGCCGAUCACUACUAGCCACUGCUGUCUGGUGCUCGAGAUGGUUAUCAACAACUCUCAUGCUGGCAGGUAGUCAAACAUACGCCAGGCCGUCUAAGUGAUCACAUCCUUGACGUUGUGGAUUUCGGCCGAAACUCCAUGUGAUCCUCUCCAUAAAAAAGCCAGCCAACCUCCUUGAGUCCAGGAACUCUAAAACCUUUUUGCUAUCAGUUUUACUAUCCUUAGCCAAUACUCAGUCAUGGAUCGAUAUGUUGCUAUUCAUGCAAAGCCAAACGGUCCUGGAGAUGCCAGGACUACAGCCGAACAGGUGCUAGCUGAUGAGGAGCUUGCAGGCAAGUGGCAAGACAGGACCGUACUCAUCACUGGUGCUACUUCUGGUCUGGGCAUGGAGAUCGCACGCGUUCUCCACAAGACUGGAGCAAAGAUCUUUAUCACCAGUCGUCAACAAGCCAAGGGUGACGAAGUGGCACAAGCUAUCUCGAGCGAGAAUCCUGCCUUUCAUCCCGUCGAAGCCAUCGAAAUGCCCAUGGACAGUUUCGAGUCUGUGCGUAAGGUAGCUGCGGUCUUUCCCUCGAAAGGCUCAAAACUCGAUGUUUUGCUUCUCAAUGCCGGUGUCAUGGCUGCUCCAGAGGGUCGCACGAAGGAUGGCUCCGAGAUUCACUUCGGCACAAACUAUCUCGCACACUUCCUCCUGUUCCAGCUACCGAAGCCUUCACUCUUGCAAGCUUCAAAGUCUGGCCUUCACAGCCGUGUAGUCAUUCUCUCCAGCGGCGCUCACAAGUCCAACGGCGUUCAUCCUGACAACUACAAUCUUGAAGGGGACUAUAACCCAUACAUGGCGUAUGCUCAAUCAAAGACUGCCAACAUCUAUAUGGCCAAUGAAUCGAACCGUCGCUUCAGUAAAAUGGGCUCAAUGCAUUGUCCGUCCACCCAGGCGUUAUCUUUGAUACUGAGAUUGCUCGUCACCAAGGUGGUAGUAAUACUCUGCGUGACAACAUGGCCAAGGAGAGAGACUACAUCCGUUCAUGGGCCAAGUCGAUUCCGCAAGGCGCCGCCACAUCAGUUUUUGCUGCUACGGCGGGGGCCUUGGAAGGUAAAGGAGGGAUGUAUUUGGAAGACUGCCAGGUGCCAAAGCAGGAGGCUCCGGGUGGCGUUACUUAUCAUCAAGGUCAUGCUGCUCACGCAUAUGAUGAGAGUCUGGAGGCAAAGCUUUGGAAAGAUAGCUUGCGUAUGGUCGGGAUCUUAGAAUAGAAGACCUGAGGAUGAUGUGAAGCAAGGACCAUCUCUACACGUAACACAAGCAAGGGCGUUGCACCAAGUUCUAAAAGCAUAUAAUCUUCUCCCACUGCG